UUAUUAAUAAAAAUGAUCCAAGUAUACAAGAAGCAUUCGAGCGAUUUUUCGGGAUGAAAACUAUAAAGGAGCAAUGUACCGAGCAAUCUUUAACACGUUUACACAAUGCUUUCUUGGCAACACAAAAUGGGGAGAUGGACUCUUCUCAACUAUAUAAUGUUUUUCGAGACAUCCUUGAAAUAAAAAUGUCACAGGACAAAUUUCAAGUUUUCUUCAACAAAAUAAAUACGGGACUUAAUGACAAGGUAACGUGGGACGAAUUCAUUUCUUACUUGCUGAUAGAAUUUCGGGAUACAGACACUAGUUUGAGGUCGCAAAUGUUGGAAACGCCGUUAAUGGAUUUACCCAAAUUGUUAAGAACGCGUCAUCGCACUCCUGUGUGCAGAAUUACAUUUUGCCCGGAAGUUUUACUAGUAUGCGGUCAACAUUUAUUAUGUUAAUUUUUAGGACAGAAGCACAAGUUUCCGCCGAGGUUGUUAUCUAACUGUUAGCCGAGAAGGAGUGAUUAAUUACUGGUCAUUAGAUCUUAACUACGAACGUACUGUGCAAUCGAAGAAUCGUUAGUAUUUCUUAUUAACUGCUCUCUAUCUUCAACUAACACUUUCGGUGCUUUUUUUGCAGCGUUCUUAAAAGUGCAAUCUACUGUUAUAACUGAUAUGAUUGUACUACCAGAUGUUCAGAUGGUGUGUACAAGUUCAACGGAAUGCGAUUUGAGAUUUUACGAUGUCGCGGCAAAAAAGUUUGAUCUUCGCAUACUGAUAUCCAGUUUGGAAAAUGCAGUUGUUUGCAUGCACUACUACUUCAGUAAAAAUAUGUACGAGAAUUCUUACAUCGUCCUGGGUGAUACGAGUGGGUCUGUUACAAUCAUGGCCUUUAACCCUAUAGAUAGAGGACCUUUCAAGCAAUAUACCGCAAGUGACUUGGCCAUUUUCCGUUACGACAAUGUCAUCAAAGGGGAGCUACAAGGAUUCGAUGUCAUAGAAUUCAAAAAUAUACAUACAAACUGGACGAGCCAGGUAGCUUAUUAUGGAAGCUUACGUGCAUUUGUUUCGAGUAGCCAAUGCUCUGAUUGUUCUUUGUGCGUUUUCGAUGCAAGUGGAACAAGGACGCAAUAUAAAUUUCAAGUUCUCAUGGGAAUAUCCUGUUUCACGCUCUGCGACGAGAGUCAUAUAUUGGUAACGGGUGGACCAGACUGUGUGGUUCGAAUUUGGAAUCCGUUUGUCCCUGGGAAAGCAAAUGCUGUUCUAUCAGGGCACCGAUCGACUAUCUGCGCGCUUGUCGUAACUAAUGCCGGCAAUCGCAUUUAUUCCUUGUCGAAAGACAGAUGCGUAAAAGUAUGGGAUGUUCCAGCUCUUAGCUGCAUUCAGACCUACAACAAAUUACCCCGUGAGCUAAGUGAAUACACUCCGAUGACCGUAGUAUUCAACACGUUGACCUGUACGAUGAUUAUUGCCAGCAUGAUGAUAGCUGUCCUCGUUUGCGAGCAUAUUGUUUCUACGGGAUUGGAUUCAUGCAUCGUCAUCUGGGAUCCAUGGUACGGACGUCGUUUACGUUUGAUAUCACACGCUCAUAGUAUUAUACAAUACGGACAAUAUGUUGACAUCGAAAUCACGGCAGCUUGCUUCGAUAAUUCGGAGCAUUUUUUAGUGACUGGCGCAAGAAAUGGUUCAGUGAAGAUAUGGAAUUACAAUACCGGAGUUUGUAUACGCGAUAUGAUGGUUGAUCAUCAAUGCGAAAUUACGAACGUCGCAUGGUACGAAAAUCGAAUUCUGUGCUGCGGCUGGAAUAAAUACGUGACAGAAUUGUCGAUUUUCAAGUCUGAUAUGUGCAAAAAGUAUUGGACGACCAGUCACACCGACGACAUUCUAUGCUCGACUGCGAAAUUUCCGCAACUGUUGGCUACCGGAUCGUACAAUGAAGAAUUGAUUCUCUGGAAUCUUGAAACGGGCCAGCCUUUUAGAAAAUAUCAAGUGACUGAUGUUAGUAAAAGGUACCCGAGAAUGACAAACGCACAGAAAGAGUUUGGAAAAUUGGAUGAGAUCAACAGAUCAGUCAAUCAACAAAUUAAAAAAUUGACUCCAUGUGUCCACCAAGAAUCAGCAUUGAAUAUUGUUCGCGUAACUGCCGUACGAGCGAUAAUUUUUCUAGCCGCGCGAGAAACGAAACCCAACGUCGGUACAUUACUGGUCGCCCUUGAUUCCGGCUUGGUGCAAGUAUGGACGCAUCAUCCUGCAGCAGGAUUUUUAGGAGCCUUCUCGGUCAUCCACACUGUCGGUGACUGUGCCACGUCCUUAGCUACCGAUUCAGAAAAUCAAUUUCUCGUAACAGGUCACAGUGUAGGGUACAUAAAAGUUUGGCUUCUCUCCAAUUACAUGCUACCAAAUCCAUCGAAAAUUUGCAUGCCGCUGCUGAGAUUAGAAUUCCCAUUUUUAUGGAAGGAUAAAAUAGAUGGAAGAGCGAAGAGAGCAGUACGAAGUCAAAUGCUGCCACUUCUACUGUCAUCUGUGCGUGGUCAUACGCUGGGAAUUACUUCUCUUCAAAUUAUUUCUAGCGCACGAGUGAUAGUUAGCGGUAGUGCAGAUCGCACGGUACGUUUGUGGAGUUACGGAGGUCGUCAUGUAUCAACACUGGGCACGUUUAGAGAUUGGGUUCCGAUUUUGCCCACUGUGCCUAUACAAAAAUAUUUCGAGGAUUAUAAGCUUCCAGCAGAUAUUAUUAGGGGAUUUGCCAGUUCUACCACUUUAAAAGUGCUUCAUGGUGGUAUGAGACGACGACCGAUAGAGAUCGAGGAAAAGGAAAUUGACAUUUCAAAAGAAACUCUUGAAGAAGAGCGACAUAUGUUGUACGGGAAGGAAUUAGACAGUUUUGUGCUCGAGACAUAUUAUAAAUCACAGUUGCCUGAACAAACCUAUCAGAAAUACCUGCGAUUAGACAGUACCUUGCCAUAUAUACCAAUUUACACGUAUUUACCGAUAUACUCUUUAAAACCUGUAGAGGCGCAGAAAACACUCCUGCUUGGACAGAAAAUAGAACUUACUAAAAAAGUAUAUUUAAGAAGAGCAAUGAAACCACUGCGCUCUCCUGUAAUACAAAGAGACAAAGGCACUUUGAGAUGAAAUCUACCGCAAUGUUCUCCAUUAUUUGAACCUUAUAAACUCUUAUAAAAUGUUAGUAUAUAUAUAUAUAUUAAAACAGUACA